UUGGUCUCUAGGCAACCAAACAGAAAACUAGACGAAAGGGCGCCAGAGAAGAAAAGGUUUUAGAAUAGUAAGGCCACCAAAAAAGGCAGCCCCACUUUGACGGCUGUGUACACGCCAGCCUCCAACCAAAGAGAACAAACCAAGGAGUAAGAGAGAGAAGAAAGUCAAGCAAACCAAAAGCAAAAACAAAAGGCACCCACUUUUGCCAUUUCUCCAUUUCUCGUAUCCUUUCAAACUUCUCCUUUCUGCCUUGUUUCUUUCUUUCUUUCUCAUUGCCGUCUCUCUCUGAUUCGAAUAAAGGUUUUGCAGACAAAAGGAAGAAAGCUUGUCUUACAGAGAAAAAAAAAGAGAGCUUUCGAGCAAAGGGAGAAGUAGUUUGCAUCAUGAACGAGAAGGCUAACGUUUCUAAACAACUUAACGCUAAACACAGAAAGAUAUUGGAGGGCCUUCUUAAGUUACCUGAGAAUAGAGAAUGCGCAGACUGCAAAAGCAAGGGACCACGAUGGGCUAGUGUAAAUCUAGGAAUAUUCAUUUGCAUGCAAUGUUCAGGGAUUCACAGAAGUCUUGGAGUACACAUAUCAAAGGUGAGGUCUGCUACUUUAGAUACAUGGCUUCCAGAGCAGGUUUCUUUUAUUCAAUCCAUGGGGAAUGAGAAAUCAAAUAAUUACUGGGAAGCGGAGUUGCCUCCCAAUUAUGACAGAGUUGGAAUUGAGAAUUUCAUUCGUGCAAAGUAUGAAGAAAAGAGAUGGGUUCCCAGGGGUCGAAAGCCAAAAUUACCUUCUAGUGUGCGUGAAGAGAAGGAAUUACUUUAUAGACAACCUAGAAGUGGUGGUUUUAAGUACAUGAAUAACGUAAAUCAUGUUUCAGAAGAGAAGAAAGUUACUCACCCAUCUAUUGCGAAUAACAGCAUUCCUACUCCUAAAAGUUGCUCGCAAGCGCAUGUUAAUGUUCCUCAGAAGGUUACACCUGAUACAAGAUCACAAGAACCUCUACAGAAUUCUGAACCAUCAGUCUCAAUGGCUGAAUCUCCAAAUGAGGAGGUUAAUCCUACUCCAUCAGUCUCAGAUGCUGAAUCAAUAAAGCAGGAUGUUAAGACUACUUCAUCAGCAGCACCACCCAAAAUUGAUUAUGCCACUGAACUUUUCAAUCUGCUUUCCAUGGGGGAUUCUAGAGAAAAUGGCUCAAAGACUUCUGCUCAUGAUAAUUUCUGGGCUGGUUUGUCAUCUGCUGAAGCAAAAUCCACCAGGGAUGCUAGUGAUUCAUCAAUCUUAAGUCAAACCAAGGUGCAACAUAAAUAUGGAAUUGAGGAUCUAUUUAGAGAUUCAACAACAGUAAAACAAACUUUUCCAGAGAAACCACAGGAAGAUGCUAAACCUGAUAUUCAGUAUUCGUCAAGUAUGGUGUCUCCAACUUCUAUCCAUCAACAACAGCUUGCUAUGCUUUCCCAACAACAGUCCUUCAUGGCUACUGCUGCGAAGCCUAAUUGUGGAUCCCAAGCCUUUCCUGUCAAUGCACAUCAUGGCAUGCAUUUUCCUGCUCCAAAUUCUGGAAGCAUUGGGCAUCAAUUUCCUAGAGUGGUGAUGCCAGUCGCUGGUCUACAGAAGCAUAUGCUGGUGGGAAGCAACCAACAGAUGUACCCAGCAGGAAAUUCAGUUAAUUUCCCAACUUCCAGCUUGCACACACCAGGGCCAGGAGUUCCACCAACCAUUGGCAUGAAAAGCAUUGGAGGUAGGCCUAUCUCAGCAUCUCCUGUUCCAUCAGUGACCCCAACUCAAUGGGGAAAAGAUUAUGAUUUCUCGUCAUUAACGCAAGGGAUGUUUACAAAGCAGUAACUCAUUGGCAGAACCAUGGUUGAACAGAUGGUUUUUCUUUGCAUUACACAUAAUCAAAGGGGAGUAUAUAUUUUAUUUUUUGUGCAUUAUCCAUAAGAUUUGUAUGCCCUUCUCCUCAGGUGGGGAAGGAUUUAUUCAUUUAGAUUUAUUGGAUACUGGUUUCAUUUUUAUAAUAAUCCAUUUUUAUAAGCAGUGUGCUGAUGUAAUAAAGGCUGAUUGUUCUUAUCUUAUUGAAGAAGCAAUGAAGAUAUUGACCUGGAAUUUCUCUUC